UAUACUGUGUAUUAUUGUAAUAGCUAAAUAUUUUCAGGAAGCAUACCCUUUGUUCAGGGUUGGGAGAGUUACUUUUGAAAUGUAUUCCACUACAGAUUACAGAAUACAUGCUGUAAAAUGUAAUUUGUAACGUAUUCCGUUAGAUUACUCAAGGUCAGUAACAUAUUCUAAAUACUUUGGAUUACUUCUUCAGCACUGGUAGAUUUUUUCACUUGUUUUGACUAUAAAAACUCUGUCAGUACAGUAAGACAAAAUACACAUGUUAAAAAUACAUUCUCUGAAAAACCUAAAUAUCUUAUGCAGUGUUGUUUCUAAAACAAAAUAAAGCAAACUGAUCUUGUUUUAAGGAUUUUUAGAUAUUUUUACAGGAAAACAAUACAAAAAUUAUUAUCAAGAAUAUGAUUUUUGCCCUAAUAUCAAAGGUCUUACUAGAGAAAAAGAAAUUAUGAUCCAACGUGAAUUUUCUUGAUAAAAAAAUAUGAUCAUGCCUGGUAACAUGCAUGUAAAAUGGCUUGAAAUAGCAUUUUAUCUUAGCGUAAAGCUGACAAUUUACACAAAGUUUAUUUCUAUUUCUUCUGCUCCAAACUUACUUCAAACUUACUUCUCUGUCUGCUCAUAUGAAUGUAACACAUCAUAAGAAAGUGUUUCACUGCUGUUCAAAUGCACUUUGGAUCGCAUCAUUUAUGUGUAUAAAUGUUUUCCAUCUGAAAGGACUAAAUAUUAAAUGAAACAAAUGACAAUAAAAUGCAAAGUAAUCUCUUCAGUAAUCAAAAUACUUUCUGAAUGUAACUGUAUUCUAAUUACCAAUAAUUUAAAUUGUAACUGUAGUGGAAUACAGUUACUUAUAUUUUGUAUUUUAAAUCCGUAAUCCCGUUACAUGUAUUCCGUUACUCCCCAACCCUGCCAAGAACUGGAACAGUAAACCAGAACUUGUGCACCAGUAAACGAACUCAGAUUGUUUCAACAACCCAGUGUCUGAAGCCCAUCUAAAACCAUUUAAAAGGAAAGAAUGUCUUGUCAGCUCAAUUAUCUUGUAGCAUCAUGAUUUUCUUUGGAUGUUCAGGUCAGAUAAUGCCAAUUUAGCAGGGGCUCCCGCAGCCCCGGGUGGCCCUGGAGGAGAGGGGACUCCGCCCGGUCCACCUGCUGCUCCACCAAACACCACGAGCAACCGCCGACUACAGCAGACACAAGCACAAGUAGAAGAGGUGGUGGAUAUCAUGCGUGUGAAUGUAGAUAAGGUUCUGGAGAGAGACCAGAAGCUUUCAGAGCUGGAUGACAGGGCUGAUGCUCUGCAGGCCGGGGCUUCACAGUUCGAAAGCUGUGCUGCAAAACUGAAGAACAAAUACUGGUGGAAGAACUGCAAGAUGAUGAUUAUAAUGGGUGUCAUUGGAGUGAUCUUCAUUGGAAUUAUUUUCUUGUAUUUUUUCUCUUGAGCCAAUCCUCCUGCAAUGAAUGAGAAAAUGAAUGAAUGAUGUCAAAGAAAGCAUAAACAACACAAUUAUGAGCUCCACUUCUUUGGCUGAUCCUUCUCUCUUCAAUCCUGAGCUCUUCG